AUGCAAAACAGCAGCCAACUUGGCCAACAACAGAGCCAAUCUAUAGCCAUGAAGCAGCGGCUCAAUGAUAUGGAGCAAAAACUUGAUAGGUUGAUCCCUGAAGACAUGUAUGCCAGAAAGGAUAUGAUGGCUGCACUCAGAGGGGCAUACUGUGUCUUGAACAGGCAUGACAGCACAAUAGACUGGACUUUUUCUAGAACGUUGACAGAAGAGCCGAACGCCAGCAUAGCAAGCAAAGUAAUCAGCUAUGUCCUAAACGGUGCUGACGGUCGUAGAAACCAAUGGCGUGAGCCUACAUUGAGGAGAGCGCUUGCGAAAUCCUUUGUAAACAAGAAGGACGAAGUAAACGCCCCUCAAGAGGUUAAAGCGGAACGUCUGGAUGAGAGGCGAAAGAAUAUGGCAAGACCUCGACUGGCAAACAGGCGCAGAAGAUGGUAUCAGCAGCACAAAAACGAUCCCGCUUUGACCAUUUAUCAAGAGCCAGAGAGUCUUUUUUGUGCCGCGUUUAUGUCUGACGAUGAAGGGUCGGAUACCAUGUCGCGUCCCUAA